AUGUCAUCACAUUUCUGGACCACCCACCACCCUCCCCAGACUCUCGAAGCGCUACGCUACGCUAUUCGUGCCGACCUGCAGGCUACAGCGACUUCUGGACUAGAGCGAGGGAAUAACGGCGGUCCCUUCCUUUGCUCUGGUCUGGCUCUCGCUCUCGCUCCUCUCUCGUCAUCGCUGCUUCACCACGGGAAUCCUCACCAGGAGUCCAGGCCCGAGCCAGACAUUGUUUUCCUUCUCCUGCUCUCCUGCCACGCCACACGCAGUUUCCACACCAUUGACACACCAGAGCUUCGCAUUGUCUGUCUGGCUUGCUCCUUUCGUCCUGACAUCCUCCCAAAACUCUAUCGUCUUGUCUCUCGCUCGACAUUCCGCGCAUCCGCACUAGCAGCAUCUCCGCGCCUCACUCGGCCCAACCCAACGGCCGCUCCUCCUUGUGAGACGUGGGACACCCGAGCACACAAAGAACAGGUCGCAUUCCUCGUCUCCCAUAUUGACGCCAUCAAUAAGCUUUCAGCCCAGCCUGAACCUGGAGCCGUUCGGCAGCCUCGAGCGGCUUGGGUGGGUGUUGAUCCGGCGGCCGAGCCUCCCACCACUGUGAGCAGCCAAGCAGGCAGGAAAACAGACCCUCGCCAACCGUGGAUUCUCAUCCUCGACUUUCUCACGCACGACUUCUUCGUCCACCUCGCCGGCUGGUCGCAGUACCAAAGCCCACACCACAACCCCAGGGCAUACGGCCACAUCCGGUCCUACUCGAGCGUCACCAAGCCCACCGUCACCACCACCACCACCGUAUCUGACUCGGUCGAGACCGCCUCCACCACCUCGGCCCCUUCUCACCCUCAGCAGGUCCGCAGGAUCCAUUCGUCCAUCUCGGCCACCUCGUACGACGACAAGAAUGACCUGACCACCCUCCCGGACCCCCGAAGCAGGGCCAUGAGCCCAGCCAGCGCCGACGCCAUGGCCUCAUCCGAACAUCACCCCGACCUCGACGACGAGGUCGCCACCCUCAGCACAAAACUCAUCAACGCCAUCAACCACCAGACCACCCUCGACGACACCCUGUCGAGGACGAGGAUGGAGCUGGACCAGUCCCACGAGCGCAUCAGGAAGCUCGAGGAGCAGCUCGCCCAGCAGCGAGAGAUGCUCGCCGGCGACGUCUGGGUCCGGAGAAAGGCCGCCGAUGCCGAAAAGGCCAAGGUUCUGAACCGCCUCGUCGAGGAGAAGAAGGCGCGCGAGGAGGUGGACCAGCAGAAGAAGAAGAUCGAGCAGGAGCUGGAGAACCUGACGACGGCCCUCUUCGAGGAGGCCAACAAGAUGGUCAUCUCGGCCAAGGAGGAGGCGAGGGUCGAGCACGAGGCUUUGCAGAAGAAGAACGACCUCCUCAAGGCCCAGCUGGUCGACACCGAGGGACUCCUGAAGUCAUCUCAGGAACAGCUCGCCGAGCUCAAGAACGUCAUGGAGCAGAUGAGUGUGGAGCGGGACGACCAGACGGCCAUCACCGCCCCGUCAUCCCCCGGAUUCAGCAAAUUCGAUCAGAAGGACGACGACCAAGCGGUAUCGGACGGAAUCUCCCACGCUGGGACUGCCGAGCCCGCAUCGCCGUCGCACCCGACCAGCUUCAGCCACCUUCUGCAGCCCGUGCUCCGCUUCGACUUGGCGGCUUAUCAGGACUUUAUCGACCUUGUGAGGCUGUCUAAGAGACAGGCGCGCAGCCGCCCGCCCUCUGGAAACCAGUCCGGGCUCUCCGCCCUCGGUAUCGGUCUCGGCGGGGCGAGCAACGGGUCGACCACAUCGCUAACAACAAGUGGCACGGCCGUCUCAGCGAGCGCACCGUCCCCGCAGACUCCAAACACGCCCAACUCGACCGUCAGCUCUGGUUCGAUGGGCUCGGCGGCCCCGUUGCCGCCUCUCAAGGACACCAAGUUCUACAAGCGUGCUCUUGCAGAGGACAUCGAGCCCACGCUGCGUCUGGACACCGCCCCCGGCCUGUCCUGGCUCGUGCGCCGCAGCGUCCUGCACGCCAUGACAGACGGGUCUCUGGUCGUGGAGCCCGUGCUCCCCACCGAGCCCCUGGCGCACAUCACCAAGCCGCAGAACUUUCCGUGCUCGCUGUGCGGCGACUCGCGCAAGGAAGGGGAGCACCUGCGCAGGCACCGCUUCCGCACGAGCGAGUCGCCGACGGCCCAGCGCUACCCGCUCUGCGGGUACUGCCUGGGCCGCGUGCGCUCGACCUGCGACUUCCUCGGCUUCCUGCGCAUCGUCAAGGAUGGCCACUGGCGCGCCGACGACGACGAGGGCGAGCGGGCCGCGUGGGAGGAGAGUGUGCGCCUGCGCGAGCAGAUGUUUUGGUCCCGGAUCGGCGGCGGCGUCGUGCCUACUCCUGUCGUCAUGGGCAGUCCUCCCGGCGGGCUUGGGGGCGGCAGGUCUCCGAGGCUCGCGGCGGGCGAGGAGGAGGAAGAGGAGGCGGCGCGCGGGAGGCCGUCUAUCGACGAGAAGGUCAUGGGAGGCGUGUCUGAGGCCAAGAGGGUCGCUUCGGAGGAGACGAUUGGCGCUGAGAAGGUUGCGGCGCCCGAGAUGGUGGAGGACGAGGACGAGGGGCGGGGAGAGGAGGACGGCGGCGGCGCCAAGGUUGCUGCCGAGGCGAGGCCUGAGUCGACGACGCCUCAGCCAACUGCUCCCGCUGCCGCUCCCGCUCCCGCUCCGGCUGCUGUCGAGGACGAGCCGUCUGAGCACCACGAGGCCCAUGCGGAGAAGGAGGGGGCGCCCAAAAGGCUCUCGCUGCAGAUUCCGAGCUGA